GUGCCCCCAAAGCGCUUCGCAGCCAGUGGGCGGUCGCUGCGGGUCAGCGCAGUCCGGCCUUGCACUACAGCUGGCGCUCGGUGCGCUUGCCGCAGGAGCUGCGUCCACCUUUGCACGGCGCCAAAGGAAGCGUGGCCGCGCUGCGAGUCCGGUCGCCUGUUGUGCCAACCCAGUGGCCACCUGUGAAACGAGCAUGGGCACCUUCAAGGUUGAGCUCUUUUUGGACCAGAUGCCCUUGACAGCAUCAAAUUGGAUCGAUCUGGCGAAGACUGGCUUCUACGAUGGUAUUCAUUUUCACCGGGUGAUCCCAAACUUCAUGUGCCAGUUUGGAUGUCCGUAUGCCAAGGACCCAAAAAGUCCACGUGCUGGAACCGGCGGUCCCACUGAAGGAAGCUUUGAGAUCCUGGAUGGUUCUCGGAAGGCCUUCCGCGAUGCAGGUGGCAACAUCGAGGAUGAGUUCACAGCGCAGUUGGGAAAUGAGCCAGGCACUUUGUCCAUGGCGAAUACCGGGGCACCCAACUCUGGCGGCUCACAAUUCUUCAUCAAUGUGAACAACAACAGCUUCCUGAACUGGUUCGAUCGCAGUACCCCAUCAGCACAUCCAGUCUUUGGCAAGGUGGUGGAGGGAUAUGAUUUGAUCGAGAAGAUCUCCAAAGUGCCCACUGACGCCAGGGACUGUCCUCAAGACCCGGUGAAGAUGGUCAAGAUCACCGUGGCGGACAUCCUAGCCACCCUGCGAAGCCUGUGCAAGGCCUUCUACCAUUGGAUCAUCCAUGCCUGCCAAACCAAGUUGGAGAAUCCCGAGGCAGCGCGUUGGUUCGCCACUCGCAUGGAGAAGUCUGGCCUGAAAGCCAAUGCUGCGAAGCUGAGGUGGGAUGUGAUGAUGGCCAGUGGCAUUAAACCAAAUCGCAUCACCUACAACAUCCUCAUCAGCUCAUGCGCGAAGAUGCGCGAUGCAGCUGGAGCAGAGAAGUGGAUGUUGCAGAUGAUGGACCAAGGGAUUAAGCCUUGCACUGUGUCGUUCACCGCCGUCAUCAGUGCUUUUGCCAAGAUUGGCGUGCGCAGCCGAGAUGGCGGUGGCGAGGAUUUAGAAGAUGCAGAAGCCUGGUUUCGCCGCAUGGAGGAUAUCAAUCAAUUGUGGUCGCUGGUGGUCUUGGAAUCUAAAGAGGAGGCAGACUCUGUGGUCUACAACAGCAUGAUCAAUGCCUGUCUCAUCCUGAGACAUUUUGGAUGGUGCGCUCACGAAGAGACCCCUGUGGGCAGCCUCUUAGAUGUUGGCAAGUUGGCAGAGCUGUGGCAAGGAAGCGGGCUCACGGACACCGGGCUCCAAGCGUAUUCCGACAUGAUAGCCAACGUGACGAAGGAGGAUGACAAGCUGGUUGCUGUCGCUGAAUUCUUCAGCAACGAAGCACACUGGACCGACAUGCUCGCGCAGAGAACGGCAGAUGGUCAAUCUCGAGAUCGGCGACCGCCUCCACCGCCACCUGAUGUUCACUUUCCUGACCUUGUGUGGGCGCAGCAACCGCUGGUGGAUGCAGUGACCUUAUCAGGAACGGUGCUCGGAAUACCCGUGGUGGCAACGCAUGACAACCCAAACUGGAGGCAAGCGCCAAUGGCGCUAGCCAUGCUAGUCGCCCGACGUUUCGGAGACGGCGAGGCCACCACUGUGUGGGCCCUCCACAAGACAGAAGUCACCAUCUUGGAGGGGCAACAGUUUUCGAGCCAACGCUGCAGCGCCAAAGCUGGUGACAUCGAUCGUGCAGACCACUGGCUGGAACGUAUGCUUCAGGCUGGGGUGAAGCCAGAUGACAAGACUUACAACAGCUGGAGCCUGAUGCAUGCUUGCGGGCGCAAUGGGCAUCCGCAACGUGCCGAGCUCUGGUAUGCGCUCCUCGGCAAAAAUGCUGGAUGUAGGCAGAUGACUUCUAUGGGCUUCCGCCCGGCACAGGGGCUUAGCGAGAGUGGCAGCAUUGUGGUGCCUGCACCUGCCAUUGGACGUUUACAUUGCACCAUGGUGCUAUCCUCUCCUUUCCUGCAGGCUGCCUACUGGAUCCAGGACACGGAAUCAUCCGACUGUCUCAACCGAGGUUUGCUCCGCGCAUGUGCUGUUCGUGGGGAUGUGAAUGCCGCGAAGUCCUGGUUCUCCGCACUGUUGUCCAAUGGUCAUACUCCAAGCACCAUCACCUACAACUGCAUGGCAAGUGCAUUUUUGCGCGCAGGUAUUUCCGACACGUUGAAAACCAUGUCGGAUAUGUCGGGCGUUCGAUUUAGGGGUGCCUUUGACAGUGAUUGGCUGGUGAGAAUGUUGAAAGAGAAUUGCCAGCCUGAUGCAGUGACGCAAGCCAUUCUUCAGGGCGACGACCCCGAAACUGGGCUUGGGGCUCGGCUAUCAACCACUCCCCAACCUCCGGCCACAGAUCCCAUCAGCAGGGCAUCGCUGUCUGCGUCCAUGUGUUUGCUGAUCUUGAAGGGCCUGCCGGUGCCGCUGGAGGAUGUUGGGCAUAGCACCACAGCGGUUGUGCUGGUUGAUUACGUGAAGGUAAUGGAGCUCUUUCAAGCGCCCAUUCCUGACAAGGGUUUGCCGCCAGACAAUUUCUUGGUCUUCAGUAACCCGGUGUCUCCAGUCUAUCACUGGGUUUACGUGUCACGUCGAAUCCUGAUGCAGAUCGCCAAGGACCCAGGCAG